GUGAAUUUAUUUUUUUAAUGUAAUUUUCAAAUAUAUAAAAUUUUAUUUUAAAAAAUUUAAAGAUUUUAGGUCCAUUUUAGAGCGAACUAAAACAAUUUUAAGAGUCUUAAAAAUCGAAUUGCUCAGUUAAUUGAAGCGUUUCUAAUAGUUCACGUCGAAAAUUCCUCAUUUUCUGUUUGUCUGUAUCAAUGUGCACUCCAUGUGUUUGUCAAAAUGCAGGAAUAUUCAUUCACAUAUCAAUGGAAGAGAAUAUCCUUACAAAAUCAUUUUCAGUCUUCUCUGCGAUACAUUUUCGUGUUCUACGGAAAUAUCCAAGAUUACAGCGUCAAUGGCAUUGGAUGAGGUUUCUUGAUUAUUUACUUGUCAUAUAGUUAUACAUGUGAGACAAAAUGAGAGAUGUAAUUUAGUAGGAAAUUCUCUUUAUUUAUGGUUGAUUAUAACUUGUAACUUUGUUUGCUGUUCUAAAUCACAACAUUUUCUCUUAUUUCUAUUACCCAUCAUCCAAUUCCUUUUAAGAAUGCAAUACAUGGCAGAUUUGGUACUAUAUCCUGUUUUACAGGUGAUUCUUGAAAAGUUAGCCACUCCAUAUGUGCAGAAGUUCCAUGAUCUCUACCAUUUGAAGGAAAACAUAGAAAAACUGCAGAAUACACUACCAACUGCUAGAGCUUUUCUUGAUGAUGCACAUAAGCGACAAGAAACGGAUCAACGUGUUGAAAACUGGUUGGUGAAGCUCAAGGACAUAGCUUACCAGCUGGAGAACUUACUGGAUGAAUUUACUGCAGAAAGUGUAAUGUGCGAGAGUCGCAGUGGAAAAGCCAAACAGGUAAGAAGUCUAUUUCUACCUUUUGAACCAUCAAAGCAUCUUUUUGACCUUGCAAAAAUGCUACCAAAAAAACUUAAGGAACUAGAUGAGAUUGCAAAGCAAGGGUUUAGCUUAAAUCUUAGAGCGACAACUACAGAAAGACAAGUUGACAAUUAUGACAGAACAAAAGUAACUGGAUCGUUUGUGAUAACAUCAAAAAUAUGUGGAAGAGAUGAUGAUAAAAAGAAGCUUUUAGAGCUUUUGUUGACUACAUGUGAUGGCAAAACUGGUGGGGUUGUUUCUAUCAUCCCAAUUGUAGGUAUUGGAGGACUUGGCAAAACUACACUAGCUCAAUUAGUCUACAAUGAUGAAAAGGUCGUUCAUUUCUUUGACAUUAAAAUAUGGGUUUAUGUAUCUCGGGAUUUCGAUGUAAGUAAGCUCAUGUUAAGCAUAAUACAGUCUGCAACAAAGAGGAAGUGUGAACUCUUGGAGAUGGAUCUACUUCAAGCUCAUUUUCAAGAUUCAUUGGGUGGAAAGAGAUUCUUGAUUGUUUUGGAUGAUGUAUGGAAUGAAGACCAAGAAGAGUGGGAUAAGCUGGGCGACUUAUUUCAAAGUGGUGGAGCAGGAAGUAGAAUCAUUGUCACUACACGGAGUACCAAAGUUGCUUCAAUAUUGGGAACUACCUCCCCUUAUUGUCUCCAAGGCUUGACUGAAGAUGAUUGUUGGGUUUUGUUCAAGCAACGAGCUUUCAGCAAGGAAGAAGAAGGUGAGUAUCCUAAUCUGUUGGAUAUUGGAAAACAGAUCAUCAAGAAAUGUGGGGGUGUGCCUUUGGCAGCAAAAACAUUGGGAAGUUUGUUGCGCUUCAAACGAGAAAAAGAAGAUUGGAUGUUUGUGCAAGAGAGUGAACUUUGGAAACUUGAGAAUUGUAACAGUGGCAUACUGCCAGCUCUUCGGUUGAGCUACUUACAGUUGCCUCUACACCUCCAACGAUGCUUUGCAUUCUGUUCAUUGUAUCCAAAAAAUUAUGAAAUUCACAAGGAAAAGAUGAUCCACAUAUGGAUUGCUGAAGGCUUGAUAACAUGUCAUGAGAAGAACAGGCAGUUGGAAGACAUAGGCAACGAGUAUUUUAAUGACUUGUUGUGUUUAUCAUUUUUCCAGGAAGUUAAGAAAUUUGAUGAGACGGAUCUAGUAGUAUACAUAAUGCAUGAUCUCAUCCAUGAUCUUGCUCGAAGUGUGGGGAGUCAGGACUUCGUGAUAUUGGGACAUGACUUUACUCAAGGUAACAUGUCACAGGUUCAUCACCUGUCAAUCCUUUUCCAUUCAGAUCCCACUUCAUUUCCAAAGGAAUUGUAUGGUGCCAAACAUCUUCGAACACUUCAAUUCCUGUUUUGCACCGGAGACAUUCCUUCUUCUUUUCCUCUGAACUUUAAAUACUUGCGAGUCCUUGAUUUAAGUGGUUGUGUGAAGAAGGUGCACGAGUCGAUUAGUGAUUUGAUAUGUUUGAGAUACCUUGAUCUCUCCAGCACCUCUAUUCAAACACUCCCUCAUACUAUUUGCAACCUUUCUAAUCUGCAAACCCUGAACCUCUCAUUUUGUGGUAACCUAAUGGAGUUACCUUUUGGAUUGGCUAAUAUAACUGGCUUAAGGCACCUUAACAUAGUGGGAUGUAAUGGACUGACUCGCCUUCCUGCUGGUCUGGGAAAUUUGGUUCAGCUUCAAACUUUGCCUUUAUACAUUGUGGGCAAAGGGAUUGGAGAAAGCAUCUCUGAAAUCAGUUCUCCCCACAUAAGAGGUGAAUUGAGUAUAAGGGGCCUGGAGAACAUCAGAGACAAAGAAGAAGCUGCACUGGCUAAUCUGAGGGCGAAGAAAUAUGUGGAAUUGUUAAGACUCCAAUGGGGAAGUGAGAACAUAGUGAGGAUGUCAACAGGGUCUACCUCAUACGAGGUUUGCAGAGAAGUUGAUGGUACAUCAAGAUCACUAUCAAGGGAUGAUGACAAUGUUGUCGAGGGGAUCAUUGAGUGUCUUCAGCCACAUGUAAACCUCAAAAAACUAUAUGUCUUCAGCCACAUGUAAACCUCAAAAAACUAUAUAU